AUGUCUACAAGUGGAGAAGUAGUGGCUUUAAAUAUGAAAGAUGGUACAUGUAUUCAAGGACGGAUUAAAUCUGUAGACGUAAACGCUCGUACUGUUUGGUUACAACGACCAUUUCAAAAUGGAAAACCAAUGGGAGAACUUGAAAAGUCAUUUUCUAUUGAUACAAUUCAGUCAUUUCGAGUUUUGGAUGUCAGGGCUAAAAGAAUGGAAGAACUUGAGAAAGAGCAACGCAAAGAAAAAAAAGUGGAAAAGAACGAAAAGGUUAAGAAAGUUGAAAAAGUAGGAAACGGCGAAAAAGUAAAAAAGGAGGAAAAAGUAGUGAAAGAUGAAAGCAAAAAAAAGGGGAUAGAAAAAAAUGAGCAGCGAUCGCAUCAUAAUUCCCCUUCUGGUUCUUCUAGCUCGUCAUAUGCAUUAAGAGGGAAAUCGAAACGUGGUUACUGUUCUCAAUCUUCAUUUAGUAGACACUCUUCUGCAACUUUUAAUAGUUCAUCGUAUACACCAGGUUUAUCAAGUAGGUAUGGGCGAAAUCGCGGACAAAGUUGGUUUUCUGAAUUACAACCUCGUGAUAAGAUUCAAAGCUUACGAGAUAAGAAGUCUAAUGAAGGUUUGCUCAAGCCUAUUGAUUUUGAUUUAGAAGAAGAUUUCGAUUUCGAGAAAAACUUGGAAAUUUUUCGGAAAUACGAAGAAAAUAUGGAACAGAAGGAAGCUUCCUCUUCAGAAGCUCAGUAUAUGCACAGAAAUUAUGAGCACUAUGAAAAUGUUGUCUCAGAUCCAUCAAGAGUUAAUUCAUGGACUAUGAAAGAGCCUGUUCAUUUUGUUGCAGCGCGUUUAGACCAAACAAUUAAUGGACAAGAAAUUCCAUUUUUGGCACCGAGUGACAAAGAAAAAUUUUUGCAGAAGGCAGAACCUUAUUUGGGAAGUGAUAUAUUUCACGUAAUGGUUGCAGAUCGUUUAAUGACCUUUGUCUGGAAUGUUAUUGAUAGGUUUGAAAUUAUGGUUAGCCAGGUAGUUGUGCUUGAUUCAGCUACUGUGAAUACUUAUUUGACAGCAAUGUUUUUGCGUCAUAUUUCGAACAGGGCUUGUCAAACAGUAAUAUAUCCUUGUACACUUGGCCCAUAUGAUUUACCCUUUGUGCGUCAAGUGCGUCGUAUUGAGGAGCUUCCAAAAGACAAUAUUCAACUGAUUGUUGUAUUAUGUCCAUCAGUUUUGGGACCCAUCAGGAAAUGGAUCAGGGAUUUGUCACCAUCACCACAUUUAAUAUGCAUUGAGAAGCCACCCGAAAUAGUUGUGAAUGAGCAUACCAUGAUGGUUGGUGUUGGAACCGAUAACAAUGGUUCUCAAAAGCAUAAUAAGAAUUCAAAUAGUGUACGGGCUGUCGUAGAUAUCGGAAUACCAUUUACUUGGAUGGAUACUGAUUCAGCUAGUUGCCUUUCUCGCACAUUUGCCACGCAGAAUAUUGUCAUAUGUUAG